AUGAGCUACAAUUUUCUUGGAGGUGAAGUGCCAUCUAACCUGUCUCAGUGGUCCAAACUUGUGACUGUUGCACUAGACCAUAACUCUCUGGUGGGGCAGAUUCCUUCUGAACUGGGAUCACUUUCAAAGCUCACCAAACUGCACUUAGGAAGCAACAAUCUGAGUGGAAGUUUCCCAGCUUCACUUGGGAAUCUUACAUAUUUGCAAGAGCUGAAACUGUCAUAUAACCAGUUGAAGGGAAAACUUCCAGACUCAUUGUCACAAAUGAGAAGUUUGACACUGAUUGAUUUAUCAGUCAAUCAACUUUCUGGUGAGUUCCCUCCUCCGCUCUACAAUUUGUCAUCACUUAAAGGAAUAGGCCUGUCCUAUAACUAUUUCUCGGGCAACAAUUUUACUGGAAAUGUACCUGCAAGUCUAGGAAAGGUGAAGAGCUUAAGGUGGCUCAACGUUAACGGUAUUCAGUUGGGGAGUGAUGAACCUGAUAACAUGAAUUUCAUCAGUUCCCUGGCCAACUGCAGCAACCUACAGUACUUGCUUUUGGCCCACAACCACUUUGGAGGCAUGUUUCCAAACUCAGUAACCAACCUGUCCACCCUAUUGACAGGAUUACACAUAGGACAGUAUAGGAUUCGAGGGAACAUACCCAAAGAAAUUGCAAACCUCGUGAACCUAAAUAUACUUUACCUGCAAGAAAAUCGUCUAACUGGUAGCAUUCCAGCAUCUAUAGGAAUCCUUUCAAACUCGGGAACUCUCAACCUCGUGAACCUAAAUAUACUUUACCUGCAAGAAAAUCGUCUAACUGGUAGCAUUCCAGCAUCUAUAGGAAUCCUUUCAAACUUGGGAACUCUCAACUUGGAUUCAAACAGAUUGACAGGCGAGAUCCCAUCUUCAAUAGGAAACAUCACGAGACUGCUCUAUCUUUAUUUGUCUGGAAAUACUUUAAAUGGAACCGUUCCUCCAUCCCUUGGAAAUUACAAACAGCUGUUGAGGCUUUAUAUAGGUGAAAACAAUCUAAGUGGCACAAUUCCAGGGCAACUGCUGAGUUUGCCAUCCCUAGCACAUGCUAAUAUCUCUUAUAACUCUUUUAUGGGUUCCCUGCCAAUGGAGAUUGGAGUAGAGCUGUCAAAAAGGAUUGGAGAUAUAACAAACCUUGCAGGUUUUGACCUUUCUUACAACAAUUUCUCAGGCAUAAUUCCAAACACCAUAGGGAAAUGUUUGGCCUUGGAAUUACUUUACAUGCAACACAAUUCAUUUGAAGGGUCCAUCCCGUACUUAGCUGACUUACAAAACCUACGGGAGCUAGACCUUUCAAGAAACAACUUAUCAGGAGAAAUUCCACCUUGGACUCUGAAUCUUUCCUCCCUACUGUACCUGAAUCUUUCAGACAACAAUUUAGAGGGUGAGGUUCCCGUCCAAGGAGUAUUCUCAAAUUCAACCGCAUUACAAGUUGCAGGGAAUCCCAAGCUUUGUGGUGGAAUCCAAGAGUUUGAUUUACCACCUUGCCCGAAGCAAGAAAACCAUAGAACAAAGAGGAAGCGUCUUACACCCAUUCUGACUGCAAUUAUCAGUAUUGUUUUAUUUGCUGCAAUAGCAUGUUUUCUGCUUUCUAUGUUUUUUAUUAAAAGAUCCAGAAAACGAAGAGAUGCAACAUCCACAUCUGGGCAUCUCAUCUUCCCCAUGAUUAUAUAUAAGGAGCUUCAUGAUGCAACUAAUGGUUUUUCUUCAGAUAGGUUGUUAGGAUCAGGCAGUUUCGGCACUGUGUACAAAGGAAUUGUUCACUCAUCAAAUGAAAAUCCAGUUGCAGUCAAGGUACUCAACCUCCAAAGACACGGUGCAUUUAAAAGCUUCAUGGCUGAAUGCCACACCUUGAGAAAUGCCCGGCAUAGAAACCUGGUGAAAGUCAUAACUGCAUGCUCCAGCAUUGACUUCAAAGGAAAUGACUUUUAAGGCCAUAAUGUAUCAGUUCAUGGAAAAUGGAAGCUUGGAGGAGUGGUUACAUCAAGAAUCAGAAGGACAAAUACAAUGCAAUAGCUGAAACAUUCUUCAGAGAUUAAAUAUUGCAAUAGACGUGGCUUCUGCAUUAUAUUAUCUUCAUCAUCAAUGUGAAAUCCCUGUGGUUCACUGUGAUCUCAAACCAAGUAAUAUUCUUCUCGACGACAACAUGAUAGCACAUGUAAGUGAUUUUGGAUUGGCCAGGCUCAUCCCUAGUUUUUCUGGGGAAGGCAACCUUAACCAAUUCAGCUCACUCGGAAUACAGGGAACUAUUGGAUACGCCCCACCAGAGUAUGGCAUGGGUGCUGAGGAGAUUUGUGUAGUUAUGGGAUCCUAUUGCUGGAGAUUUUCACUGGAAAAAGGCCCACAGACAAACUAUUCGAAGACAAUGUGAAUCUGCACCUUUUCGUCAGACUGGCAUUACCAGAUCAAAUAAUGGAUAUUGUUGAUGGAUCCGCUCUCUGUGGAGAAAUGACAGGAGAGGAUGCUAACAAGAAUAUAAGUAGUGAACAGAUCAAGUGCUUGGUUCUAUUUUCCAACUUGGGCUAGCAUGUUCAGCAGAAACACCACAGGAGAGAAUUAACAUGGAGCAAGUUUACAGGGAAUUGAUAAUUAUCAGAGACAGGUUUCUGAAGUAACAGGAACACACUGCUAAGCAGUCCCUACAGACCGCUCACAGAAAAGCUUGAUUGAGUUGAUAGUUACGAAUUGUCUUAUGUAUGGCCAAUCUCAGAUAUCAACUUAUACUGUAUUUUACACAUAUGGCAGUAAUAUCU